AUGCUCGACCCGAGAUUGGCGUCGUCGUUCUCCCUUCCAUCGAGGAGGGCACUGGAAGCCGCCCCCGGCGAUGCCACGAGGAAGCUCUUCGGCACGUCGACGGCAGGGAGCAUGUGGACAGACGGCCGCGCCGGGAGCAAGGAGGCGCUUGCGCACAGGGCAGAGAGCAUGGGCCCGGUCCUGAACAGGCCGCCGCAGAUGACGGCGUCGAUUCCGAUCUGCUUCCGGCCCACGGCGCAGGAGCACUACUUCGCGCAGGAGCCGCUGGACCGCGAGGUGAACGCCUGGGCGCUGAACCGGAACAGGGAGAUCGGCAGAGACGGGGCCGGGAAGAGGCCGAACACGUUCCCCGACCAGCUUCGCCCUCCGAGCACGCCCGCGCCUUCGCCGCUCUCUCGCAGAAGCAGGCCCGCCGUGCCAGGCAGCGGCCGUGCAGGAAGAGGUCAGCCGUGA